AUGUCUCUACUAGUCACGCUGCUUUUGCUGUCACUGGUUUCUCAGUGUUGGACUGCUCCACAGAGGAGAAACUGGACUUCUCAGGCGAUCCUAUACCUGAAAGGAGCACAGGGACGCCGCUCAUUUUUGGAGCGUGCCAGAAGAGAGGAAGAAAGCACUUUUCACUCAGGGACUCACAAGCAGAACAGCGCUGGCCGAGGCUCUUCUUUGCUUUUAUCCAUUUUACUGGAACGCCUACAGCGAGCUGUAGAAGAAGAUGCAGGCAAUCCAGAUAAUCACCUGGACUAUCAGGAGGUGAAUAGUACCCACUUGUGAACAUUCAUCAGAGCCCACUUCUAUGUUUUUCUGUUUCUUAUGUUGCUUGUUACAUUUUAUUGUUAUUGUUGAUGUUUGUCUGCGUGUCGCAAAUUUGACUUAACUUAU